UUAGUUGAGGAAAUUGCCAAAAGGUUUGACAGCUACUAACCUAACCUAAAAUUAAAGUAAAUUUUAAAAAAUCGUAAAUCUUGUAAACGUAAACAAACUAAUUAUUAUGUUAAUUAAUAAACGUCUAUUAUUAUAAUUUAAGUAUUAAACUAUUAAAUACGUUUCCGAUAUCUCGUAAUGGACAGUCAAGUUUGUGGAGACGGCAGACUAUUGGAUUUAAUUGACGACGCAUGGCGAAAGGAGAAACUUCCCCUUGAUGAUAUUCUUGUACCUUUAUCGGAAUUACCCGAUCCUGAAAGUGACAACGGCGAUUCUCACAUGACACUCAAGGAGUUGGAGCAAAAGUGGACAAAUCUCGCUCUUGGAACUCUCAGUGAAAAUCAUCUCCACUCGCCAACAACAUCGCACAGUUAA